AUGGCGACCGUUCGAUCCCUGGGUCUCCACCAACCCUCCGCCAUUCCCUUCCUCGUCGCAGAGGAUCUCCUCCCUCCUGAUCCCUCCGAAGACCUCUAUACAUGGACGACAAGUGUGGUGGAUGGUCCGGAUGGCCAUAUCGAAGAUGAAAUCGUAUGGACAAAGACGUGUGUGGUGUGGUCUCGUGCGGGGGUCGUGAGGAGAGUCUUCCGUUUGGACAUUGAAAGGGAAGAGAUUCGACAUGCUCUGCUAGCCAACUUCUCCGUGGCAGGUAUUAAGAGAUCCAGUGGUCCGACCUCCCAGGGAAAGAGUGGGAUCUCGGCGGGGACAGGCAACGACGGGGCCCGGGCUCGAAGCUCGCACAAUCAGCGUCAUGGCGGGGAAUCGAAGACCGCUUCGUCUGACGUGUCCUGGAACCUGCGUGGUUACGGCUCACCAAGGAAUGGGUCUGGAGACGCGACAGAUGGGCUGUCGCGCGCGUUGGUGGUGGUGCUCAAGUCCCAGGCGCAUAUCUUCUUCCUAGCCGGCAAUAGUCAUGUCGUCCCUCUGCCGUUCGAGGUCGAUUCGGUCUUUGCGACCCCCAAGGGACUUCUAUUUCAGAGGAAAACACAAGAGAAGAAAUCCGACGAAGGCAGCUUUUAUCCAAUGGCCCCUCCCAAUUCGUUCAUGUCGUCGAUACCGGGCAUGGACUUCCGCGCUUCCCAGUCCCUGGAGGUUCCGUCGGGCAGAUCGAAACGGCCCUCGUUGACGGUUUCCCCGGCUGCGAGCUCUGCUGUGAAAUCGCGACCGACAAAGCAUGCAAACCUGCCACGAGUAUUCUCUCUCAUGGACCCCCAGUCGGAGAUGGGUCUGGUGGUGACCAAUCAAUCACCCCGCGGAUUGCAGUCCAGCGUGUCGAGCAACAGACCAUCGGGUUUCGAAGCGCUGGACCCAGCGGAUGAAAUCGUCUAUGUGUCUUCUAAGGAUGAGCUUCUAACGUCGAAUCUCACGGUGAAUAAUGGCCCGUUGAUCCUCGUGAUAACAGUCAACACUAGUACGGGACUCUAUACUAUCUGGACGGCACGCUACCGAGAGGACGAGCCCGGCCCCUUGUCAAAGCAAAAGGGGAGACGAGAGACCGGUGGCACUCGAUCGAAGCGCCGUAGCUCCCACUUCGGGAUGACCACAGGGACGACGACUCCCGGCGCCCGCCCCUCUGCUACGAGGGAGAGCUUUGGUCCGCGAGGGGAUUGGAACGCGUCCGGCUUCUCGCACUCCCAGUACUCCACGGAAGGGAAAGGGGAUGAUGAAGAGGACCUUGCCUCGAAAAUUGGCCAGGAUUUCGGGGACAUCGGUGUUCCGUUAAAGACAUCCAGACGGGUGAGCUCCUUACUCGCAAGGGCGGAUCUUGGAGCCAGCCAAGACAGAAUUACAUUCUCAGACCUAGCCACGGGGAGUCAGUCAAGUUCCACGCCCCAUGGAAAUCUACGACAAUCGAUCGGGGCUGCGAGCACCCGUGGCAGCUUCGGUUUCAAUCCCAGAGGCUCCCUGCCACCCGGGAGUGCCUCUGUCUACAGUACCACGAGCAGCUUUGUCGACGCCCCAGUGGACCGACUGCUGGAAGAAUUGAAUAACGAAAGUUUAUUCGAGGGAAUCGAGAACAUGGACCUCAAGGAAACCGCUUCGGGGCUCCCGGAGGAGGUUCUGCUUUCCAAGGUGGAGAGCUUCUCCUCCAAGUUUUCGGGGACAUUCCAAACUCCUACCAAAUCCAGAUCCUCCCAGAAUCUAAAAAUCAUUACCUUGUGCCCUCCUGAGGGGGGCAACCCGCAGAGCGCAACCUCGGCGGCCGUGGCGGUGUGCGUCGUCGACCAGGAUUCAAAGUGUAUGACUGUUGUGAACCUACGCGCAGACAAAGUGACCCUGCCCAAGAAAGAUGUCGUAUUUUCGAAAAGGGCGAAAAAGCACGGAUCUUCUGGUGAACGGUCCCUUUUAGUUCAGGCCACGGGCAUUCAUCAUUUCUCUGGCAUACGGGAUGCCUGCCGGAUUGUUGACGGCGAAGUAUCCCGCAUCAUGACCUUGAGCGUGGCGGACAAUGGGCAGCAUGAACUGUGUUUACAGACGCCCUGGAGUAGUCCCACCAAUGUGGAGAUCCCGAAGAAGCUCAUGCUGCAUGAAACGUAUGGGGUAUCUUCAACGAGUCCUGCGAACCGCCCCCGAGAGAGCGGCAUGCACCGGAUCAUGACCGACUCGGUGACGAUAACCGGGUUGGAUCAUCCCUUGGCUCGAGGCAAAUUUGACGUGAUCGAUUCGGAGAAGAGACGACACAAGCUCCAGGUCCAAAUGGAACCGAGCAACGAGCUGGUGCGGAAGGUCUUCCAGGUGUGCAGGUUUGCGUUGCCGGAUUCUGAAAAGGCCGGUGACGGCAUGCUGGCUGCUUGGUGGGAGGUGAUGAAAUGGCUGCGAGGUAUGGAGACGGGCGAAAAGAAUCUGGAGUGGACGGCCAUGGUGGUUGUCCUGUUUGGGAUGGCCAUCCCCUUUAUCACCAGGGACCAGCGUCAAACGCCAGCCCGCCAGCCGCGCAAGAAGAAAGGCCUACUAAGGUCUAGCAGUGGAAGCUCCAUCGAUCUGGAGAGCUGGGAGACAAUGCUAGAUCAAGAAUCCGGGCCAUCCGGCGUCGUUGCGCCUUGGAUGACCAACAGUUCCUGGGGGUGGGUUGUGGAGCAAGAUGCCGAAGAGGCCAGCGAAACCGGCCGUGGAAAGAGGAGCUCGAAGAAUGAGCAGGCCGGAUCGAACCCUUCGACAUGCCGCAAUAACACCUACCUUGUCCGGUGUGCCGACUUGACGCGGGAGUUCCUCCGGCUGCCCGAGGGCAUCGCGGCGGUUGGAUCGGACGGGCGUCUCCCGACAGCGCUCUCGUACAGCUCAAGUCUACGACGGACGGCCUUGGGUACCAUCUUAGUCGCGCUGCACCUGCUUCGCGAGGAACAGAAGCUAUCCAUCUGUGACAGUGAACAGUCACGCAAAGACCUAGGUCUUCUUGCCCCGGUGUUGGCCCAGAUCGGUGGGUGGCUCGGAUGGAAGUCCUGGACGUGGGCGGAGGACUCGUACUAUGGGUUGGAGAUUGCCAGUAUCGAUCGAUGGCAAUUUGAAAACACUCGUAUCUCGACUCUCGAUGUACCUGCGGAGCCAUUCGCGCCUCCGUCGCUCUUCUCUCAUUUGGAAACUGCGUGGCGGCAGCGAUCUGCGUCCUUUUUCACUCUUCUCAACCUCGUCACGGCGUCGGAGCGCACGCCCAAAAAGGGAAGACUGUGGCAGGAAUGCUUUGCCCUGACUCCGAGGACGCUGGCCCUGGAAGGCUUUCUCUCCGAGGUCCACAAUCUGUCGACGCCACUCGACCGGAUCAGGCUUUUGCACCGCUGUGGGUUCACCCGAAGCAUCAUCGAGACGUUUUCCGAGGGAGUCAGCACGCCCCUGUAUGAAGUCAUCAUGCAGUCGCAAAUGCACGCUUCGACGUCGUGGAGUCCUGCACUCUUGGAGCUCAUCGACCGCGAGGACCUCAGCAUAUCGCUGACUACGAACAACACCGAUACCUCGGUCACCCCCGUCCAGUCUGCGGUGUCUCACGAUGCUGUUCGUGACUUCCACCACAUCGGUGCGUCCUCGAUGGAUAUCGACUCGAUCAAUUCUUUCGAGGCGUCUGCCGAGGCCGACCGAUUUUCGGUCACUAGACUGCUCUUCCGAGAGGAUAAACGGUUCGUCGAAGCGGCCAAGUUGCUGAACCAGUCGAAGGCGCCCGCAGCAGAGUGCGUUCCCGAGCCGGAAUGGACCGACUCGGACCUCUUGGAGGCGCAGAAAGAGGUGGUGCAAUUGGUGACGUUGCGGACGUUGUCGAUUCCCACUGGACGUGCCAUGUUGGCCUUCAGCGGACGCCUACCACUGCUGACAGAGAAGCUCCCGAUCCCGUCCUUUUCCUUGCAGUGCGUUAUGAAGCCAUCGAACGUGACUAUCAGUGCAGACCGAGCAUCCUUCAGCGAGGAGAAGGUGUGCUGGGCCUUCUUCCACAACGGCGUGUCGACCGGACUGGCCAUCUCCCGAAACUGCAAAGGGAUCGACACCUCCUGGAUCCUCUUCAACAAACCCCAGGACCUGACGAACCGGCAUGCCGGCUUCCUUCUUGCCUUGGGGCUCAACGGGCAUCUCAAGUCGCUGGCCAAGUGGGUUGCCUUCAAGUACUUGACCCCCAAGCACACGAUGACCUCCAUCGGCCUGUUGCUCGGCCUCUCGGCCUCCUACCUGGGCACGAUGGAUACAUUGAUCACGCGACUGUUAUCGGUGCAUGUAACACGGAUGCUCCCCAUGGGGGCGGCCGAACUCAACCUGUCGGCCUUGACACAGACGGCGGGAAUCAUGGGCAUCGGCCUCCUCUAUUGUAAUUCUCAGCACCGGCGCAUGAGCGAAGUGAUGUUGUCGGAGAUCGAAAGCGUGGAACCCGAGGAACAUUCAGCGUCCCACGAGGAUCUCCGCGACGAGGGAUACCGACUGGCCGCGGGAUUCGCCCUGGGGUUCAUCAACCUCGGCAAGGGCAAAGACCUGAAAGGCAUGAGGGACAUGCACAUCGUGGAGAGACUGCUGGCCGUUGCGGUGGGGACCAAGGACGUCGACCUGUCGCAUGUUCUGGAUCGGGCCACCGCUGGAGCGACGAUUGCGUUCGCCAUCAUCUUCAUGAAGACCAACGACGAGGUCCUGGCCCAGAAGAUCGAUAUACCCGACACGACCGUCCGGUUCGACUAUGUGCGGCCCGACCUCUUCCUCCUGCGUACUCUGGCACGACAUGUCAUCAUGUGGGAUCGCAUCCAGCCCACCGCAGCGUGGUUCAUCCAGAGUCUUCCCAAGAUCUAUCGGCGCCGAUACCGCCUGACAGGGGUGAGACGAUUGAAGAGCGACGACAUGCCCUUCUUCAACAUCAUCGCGGGCCUUUGUUUCACGCUGGGGCUCCGCUAUGCUGGCUCGGGUCAGAUCGCGGUGCGGGAUCUCCUGCUCUCGUACUUGGAUCAAUUCAUCCGCAUCAGCCGGCUCCCGGCGUUGAACUACGAUGGGAAGCUGGCGCGGAACUCGGUGCGGCACUGCCAGGACGUCGUGGCGCUCUCCGCCGCCGCCGUCAUGGCCGGGACCGGCGACCUGGCUCUCUUCCGACGCCUGCGAUCCCUCCACGGUCGUGUGGACGCCGACACGCCGUACGGCAGUCACAUGGCUGCGCACAUGGCGGUGGGGCUGCUGUUCUUGGGCGGUGGCAGCUACACGCUGGGCACGUCGGAUCUGGCAGUCGCAUCGCUGAUCUGCGCGCUGUAUCCCAUCUUCCCGACCACGGUGCUCGACAACAAAUGCCACCUGCAGGCGUUCCGGCAUUUGUGGGUUUUGGCCGCCGAGCCGCGCUGCCUGGUCCCCCGCGAUAUCGACACACGACGACCCAUCCCGAUUCCCAUCAGCGUGACCAGCGCCAGUGGCGAGAUCCGGCACGUCACGGCGCCCUGCCUCCUACCAGACCUCGGAGACGUAGCCAAGGUAGAGGUCCAGAGCCCAGACUACUGGCCUCUCGUGCUGGACCUCACGCAGAACCCAAGCCUGCGGGAGAAAUUCCACCGCGGCGACCAGUCCGUGUACCUCCGGCGAAAGUCGACCUACAACCCAACGGGCUCCUCGGUGUUCGUGACGACACUGUCCGGACUAAGCGAGGCGCAAGACGUCCUCCCAACCUCCACGCCCGCGUCAACCCAAGGCCGCGGCCUUCCCCCCACCGCAUGGCCCAGCGUAUCCGCAUCGAUCCUCAACCCGGGCACCUCACCGCGCACCCACCCCCCAUCACCCUCCCAAAGCAUCUGGGAAUGGAUCUUCCACCUCGCAUCCCUACGAGGUCUCGACAUCCGCGAGAAAGCCCUCGUCCUCCCCUCAUCCUUCCCCACGCGCACCCAGCCAUCCGGAUCCAACAGCGUAUCAUACGCCCCCUGGCUACGCCAGUCCGCCGUCGACAGCAAGCUCGUCGUCGAACGCACCGUGCAGAACAUCGUGCAGGCGGCGCAGGGUCGCAGCGGGGACACCAACGCAGACGAAGUCCGCGAUCGCAUCUGGCAGCUCCGUCUGCUCUUCAGCUGGGUCGACCGUCUCGGCGAGGAGAGCAGCCCUGUGGCGGACGACGACGCGGACGAUACACAGACGACUGUACCUGACGAGCCGGCUGGGUUGGCUCCAGGACCGUCGAAUGGGCUGUGGCUGAGACGGGAUUUUGUGGAGGAGGCGCGCUGGAAGAUUUGGGGGGUGCAGAUUGGGGAUUAUGCUUAG